AACUCUUUCCUUCUUUUAAAUGCUCAGGCAUAGGGAAAGCGAAACAGUGCCACAGUCUCUCCUGGCAAGCAAAGAGGUGAAGGUGCAAGAGGUGUUGGGCAGGUGCGGACAGGCCUUUUUGUCCACUUUUCACAGCCCCUUUCAGACGGAAAAGGAGGAUGGAGAGCGGCGCCACUCUCUGAGGAGCCCCUCAACCAGCGCGUGCAUGAGGAAUGGUGUCUCAGUCAGCUGAUGUGGGUGAGCUGACCUUACCUCUGUCCUGCAGAUCUGCCCACCUGCCACUGCAUCUCCCCUGGAUUUCCUGUGGCACGGAGCCGCUCUCAGUUUCUUUCCUGUGGAUCAUUCCUGUGCCAUCCCAGCUCACCGCGGAGGGGAUCAGUUUGUGAUUGUCAUCAGCCUGUUUGGUAAACCUCUUGUUGAAAGACAAGAAAAAUAGAAACAUGGAGUUAGACCCAAGGAGCGUGACCUCAGAACCAGCCUCUCCGACGAGCAGUGCUGGGGAGGAAAAGAUGGAGGUUAUUUCUGAACUGAGCAGCCCGACUUCACACAGGAGGGACAGUGGGUUCUUUGAAAGAAGUAUUAGAAGGUUAAGCAUCCGGAAACCAAAACAAAGUCCGAACAAAGAGAGUGGGAAGGAAGAUACUGGCACUUGGAAAGGAAAAAGACUUUUGCGAUCAUUCAGGAGCUAUGAGGAGAACAAAACCACGAUCUGUAAUGGUGUGGAGGAGAUUGGUGAAAAAGAAGAAGAAGAGCCCAUUCAAGGAAAACCUCUUUCAGUAAUGGAAAUCAAUGAACUUAUUCAGAAAAGACAACUCUUGGAAGCAUUUGCAAGUAUCAAGUUAUUGGAAGAUGAGACUAUCUCUGAACGGGAUGCUGAGAAAUACAACGAUAACCCUCAGGAGCUUGUACGGAAAUCCAAGGAUGUGGAUUUGCUUUAUAACUCCAUCACAAAUGCUAUCCAGUCCAUAGUGGAGGGAACACUGGAAGCUUCCACUGUAGAGAAUAUCAUGCUGACCUCCAUGGUGACUUUAAUUGCCCGUGAAGAAGCAGCUCAUCCCAACACAGACAAAGCUGUAAAUCCAGGGUCAGACUUGCUUGGAAGGCCCAGAAAGUGGAGGGAGAUUUGGAGGGAAGCAAUCAACGAGAGUGCUAAAAAAAGAGUCCUGAAGGCACCCAUGGCAUCAAAAGAAGAAGAUAGUUCUUGGCUUGAUCUCCACUUAAGUUCCCUCCAGAAACUCCUGAGGGAAGAUUUACUGAAAAUCAAGUUAUCAGUAAAAAAGUGCUAUCCUGAGGAGUACCAGGUGUGUGACACAUAUGUGGAGGCUUUUCAUAAGGCCGUUGCCUCACAUUUGCAACACCUCUGCCAGGGACUACUGGAUUUCAAUGAGCUCUACACCUUACUGAACUGGGUGGCCAACACCUACCACAGGCUAAUCAACUGGUCUGAGUACGUGUCAGUCCAGAGGAAAGAGAAAAUCAAAAGUUAUUUUGGAAACAUCCUGAGACUAGAGGUCACAGAGAAGUGGGAGAAGGAAGUUCAUUCAGAAGUGAAGGAAAACCUCUACCACGCCUCGCUCUCCUUUGAUAUUCAAACGAUCAUCGGCGAGCACAUGAAGUUAUCUGGAGCUAUCAGCAGAAGCCUGGAAACAAAAAUGCUUGAGCUGUGCAUGACAGAGCUGCUUGAAUUCAUACCAAGGUUUGAGAAGGAGUUCACGGCGUGGAGCACUGCCCAGGACAGCCCCAUCUUUGCAGCCUAUGUUGUUGCCUACAUAAACAGCUUCCACGAACUAAUGUCAGGGUUAGAAAGAGAGUUUCACGUCGACACUGAGGAACUGCAGAAGAUUUUGGCAGCUCUGACAAGGAACUUCACAAAUAUUUUUCUAACCAAAUUAAAAAUAAAAGCACAGCCAUUCCUGAAGAAAAUCCUGACCAAGGACUGGAUUUUGGAUACAGAAAGGCCAGUCUCACUGGCAUUAGCAGUCUCACAGUUCUCCGAGCACCUGCAGCACAUGAGGGAGCCCACUGGGAAGGAGCUUCUACGUGAAGUUCACAGAUACGUGGUGAAGGAAUAUAUUGCACAGGUCAUCAAACACAGAUGGAGAAUGAACAGGGAGACACGGCAAAGAGUGAGCGAAAAAAUGGACCUGGAAGCCAAAAUCUUUCAUAAUAUGCUCAUUGAUCAGGGCUCUGACUCUGACUGGCCCACUCCCGCCAUAUACCACAUUGCCGAGAUCAUUAGGGAGAAGAAGAAGGACAAGAUCGAGGUGUAUGUCAAGAAGCUGUGUCAGAAUUAUCCAGAUAUCAGGAAGGACCACAUCCUGGCCAUCCUCGCGCGCCGGGGGCUGGGGCGCACCAGGAGAGCGGCAAUUUUUCGGCAAGUCCGCCACGUGCUGGAAAGCUCCAGUGGAGGAGAGGGCAACACGCUUUUCGCUGAAAUUGAUGUUCCGGUGGUUAUAAGCUGCUUCUAAAACAGAACCAGAACAGCAGUCAGCAUCCUCCCACCUCCUACGCUGACUCUACAUGUGAUCCAAAAUCUGCUAUCCCAUCUUGCUCCUCUGUAAACCCAAAUUUGUGACUGCCAUGGAGAAAGGAGUAGGUUUCUGAACUUGCUACCCUGAGUUCAGAACCCAAAGGGAACAGAGGCACCGAGACACUGAACUUCUGCAAGAGCUCCUGGGAAGCAGCUUCAGCCCAGGAACUGUGUCCACCCAUCUGUGUUCCAUACAGAUUCUAUUGCUGGGAGGCUGCUCUGUUAUUUGGUCCAAAAUUAAAUUUCUUUUCAGAGAAAACCAAAAGCAGUUCAGUCAGAGCUAUAUUAAGGCUUGGACUGUGCUUUGCAUAAUUAUACAGCAGCAGAGCAAGAGCCUCCUUUGUAAUUAGUGCCUGUGAGCAAUCGAGGGGCAGAGCCUGGGCAGGGAUGUGGUAGCACCCAAGUCUUAUUUCCUCCACUGUGAACCAACUGGCUGAGCUGGCAUGAGGCAAGGCAGUGACGCUGUGACCCGAUGCCACAAACCACUACCUGCCUGAGGAGGAAAACUUUGGGUAAUCAAACCCUACAGCUGGGACAUGUAGCACAUGGACCCCUCUGCCCUCCAGGAUGGCACAGAAGGCCUUUCAGGCAUUUCAGCAGAUUUUCCUCACUCAAGGGC